AUAUAAUCCUGAAUUAUAUUUAGACUAUAACAUUUGAUGGAUGAUAAUAAAUCAAGUUAGACGCUAUGUACUGAUGAUGAUCGUCAGCAGCCUCAACUCUAUCUUACUAUAUAUAGGGGUCACUUUACCAUAUCUUAUGCACAAUUCAUCACGACUAACACCAGACAUAUAGAGUGAAAGGUAGCAUAUUUGUUAAACUGCACUUACUUUAGGAAGAAGAGCUACUCCUGACUAACCAAUAUAUAAAAGAAAAUGGCUAGGAUCAACAUGCUUCAUCUCACUCUUGCUUUUGGCCUUCUUGGAAAUAUUGUCUCGUUUAUGGUAUUUCUCGCACCCAUACCAACAUUUUAUAAAAUCUACAAAAAGAAAUCGACAGAAGGGUAUCAAUCAGCGCCUUAUGUGGUGGGCUUAUUCAGUGCGAUGCUUUGGAUAUAUUACGCAUUUCUCAAGACCAAUGUCAUGCUUCUCAUCACGAUUAACUCGGUUGGGUGUAUCAUCGAGACAUUGUACAUAUGUUUUUUUCUCUUCUACGCACCAAAGAAGGCUCGGAUGGAAAGUUUGAAGCUAAUCAUAUUGCUAGUCGUAGUUGGAUUUGGAUUAAUUGUUUUCUCAACCCAGUUCCUUGUAAGCGGAGUUAACCGUGGGGUGAUAGUUGGAUGGAUUUGCCUUGUGUUUUCUUUAUGUGUUUUUGUAGCACCAUUGGGAGUUCUUCGAGAAGUGAUUAAAACAAAAAGUGUAGAGUACAUGCCUAUUCUAUUAUCAGUAGCACUUACGAUUAGUGCCGUAAUGUGGUUCUUUUAUGGUCUUCUUCUAGGUGACUUCAAUAUUGCGAUUCCAAACGUACUUGGAUUCACCUUCGGUAUUAUUCAAAUGACAUUGUAUUUUGCAUACAAGAAUAAGACGCUCAUUACCAACGAAAAAGUCUAUGAUUUUGAAGACAAAACUUAUCCUAUGAGUGAAAUGGAGGAGCAGGAAAUAAAAGAUCACAAAACGAUAAAUGUGGCCAAACUCAAAGAAAAAGAAAAUGAUGCUGGUCACGUAGCUGUUGAACUUCAUGCAGACACAAGUGUCCCGAAUCACAUCAUUGAAGUCGCUGUAUGAGAUCGAAUUCUAUAUAACUUAUCAUUUUCACUAGGAAAAAACAAAUGAGCAAAUGUGUGGUUUCUGUACAUUCCCUAGAAAUAUGUCUACUUCGCUGCACUGAAAUUAAUGUUCAUCAAUAUAAACUUGUUUGAGGUUUCAAAAUUCAAACUGUCAUAAAUGUCACAAAUCUCUUGGACAAUCUAGAAUUGCCUCGUCAAGUUGAUAAACUAAAAACUUGUCCCUCGCGCAGCCGCGAUCCAUCAU